AUGAGAGGCACAAGCAGGAAGCUGAUAUCGGCCGGUUAUAGAUCUCUCUCGGGGAACCGCGUGCAUGUUUAUUGCUUUGAUCGGAAUUUGGAUCUCGUUCCUUUGGAGAAUCAGCUCGAGAUCUUCCUUCAGCUAAAGCCUGGAUUGAGUGCGUAUCUUAAUGAUCCAAGGCAAUCAGCAAACUCUUUGGUGACUCCGCUUGAUAAAGCAGAGGACUCUGUUCCUAGUGAGCUGCGUCCCUUGACUCCUGUUAGAGUUGAAGCUACUGCUGGUUUGAGGGCUUUGGGUCAUGAAGCUUCUGAAAACAUUUUGCAAGCAGUUAGGGAGCUUCUGAAAGAUCGAAGCAGGUUGAAGACUGAGGCAAAUGCAGUUUCUGUUCUGGAUGGUACUCAGGGAGGUUCUUACCAGUGGGAGAAAGGGAUAGAAACUUUCCAGAAGUCCCUUUCUGAAGGAAAAGUCAAGCAAGUUCUCUUCUUUGAUCCUGAUGAGUUAUUGGUGAACAAAAUGGCUUGCCUUCUUUACUUGUCCUCUUGUUCAAGUCCCUACUUUCAAGGAAAGACUCAGCUUGGCUUGGUAAUGUCCAGAAUUCGGAUAGUUUUAUAUCAGAUAUUAAGAGGGAGUGGGAGUAUGGUUUUGCCGUGGAAAUAUGCGAACAAUAUACUUCUUCAACAUGGCUCUCAUCCCUGGUUAUGCUUCUUCAGACUAUCAGCAAAGACAGUUCUAGUAAAGAAUGUUUAUUCCAGAUGCGGCUUGUCCUAGAAUUUAUGUUCGAGAAAUUGCAAGACCCAGAAUUUGCAUUUGCUGUGUCACUUGAACCAAGAAAUAAUGUUUCAGUUGGCAUUCAGCAAGAUCUGCAGGAGCUUAUGAAGGGCUGUAUACGUCUCCUACAAGCUGUUGAUUCAACAAAGGAGAAAGAUGUGACUUCUGCAGUUAGAAAGGAAAUCAGAAUGCGUAUUCAUGAUGUCUUGAUGACUGUUACAUGAGUUAUGGAUCUGUCUAUAUAGGGUUGUUACUAGCUUGCUUCAGCAGCAGUCAGAUCGUAAUGGGACGAGAAAGGUGCUUGGGCACCGAAAAGAGGAAAUCCUUGGUUGAACCUGGACGAGGCGGCUGUUGAAGCUUUCGGGAAGAUGUGCGAGGAAAUCGUCAAUGUAAUUGUUGAGACAGAUGACGAGUCAGGUGUUCCAGCUCAACGAGCUGCCAUUUCUACACUGGAAGUUUUUGCUAGCAGGCUUCCCUCUGGUCAUCCGAUCUUCAGCAAGUGUCUUGCAUCUGUUGUAGAAGGCAUCAGCUCAAAGAAUCCUGGAGUUUCUUCAAGCUGUCUUCGUACGACCUGACACACGCCACCGGAUGACAGGACGGAAUAGGCCAAGACUCCUACUGCGGCACCGAACCUGCUCGCUGACAACGCGCCGAUUACUUUAGCAAGUCAGAGAGUAAUCAUAACAUAUUCGCAAAACACACAACUAAAAUCUAUAAAAAGAGAAGAAGGGAGUGUGAAGAGAGGAGGAGGAAAAACAGAGAGAGAAUCACUAGAAAGAUAAAGUAGAGAAAACCCGAGUUUGUCUUUACGACUACGAGUUCCUAUUCUGUAACUUCAGAUUCGGCACUUUGUAAACACUUCAUUAACGAAAUCUUUGGCCCCGUUAACCA